ACCCGACCCUUAUGUAGAAGCUACUAAUGCUAUAGCUGAAUCUAUUUAUGAAAAUCCCAGAAGUGCCUUCAUUUCCUCCCUUUCAAAAUUUCGAUCCUUAAUUAAUGCGGGAUUUCACUUGUUGCCGGAAAUGGCGAAGAGAAAGCAACUUGAAAUACAAUUUAUAGGCGAAGAUGAAGAAGGAACUUCCUGUACGGUAACUCAUUCCACUGUUUCAGCUUCAGGUCGUUUCUUACGUAAUAAGAGGAGAGUUAACGCCAGAAACACCAGGCAACAAGGGAUGUUAAAUAGCAAACAGUUUUCAGAUUGCUUUGAGAAAAUAUGGAAGAUCUUCCCGGAUAAUCAAAGGGCAUCUUUUACGUACCUCGAUUGCUUGUGGUUUUCAUGGUACAUGGAUGAAUUGUUUAAAGAAAAAGUGUUGGAAUGGAUCAGUAGGAAACAUAUUUUCACCAAGAAGUACGUUUUCGUUCCGAUAUUGCACUGGAGACAUUGGAAUCUAUUGAUAUUCUGCAACUUUGAUAAACCUUUGCAAUCUAACACUCAAACAACUUGUAUGUUAUUGCUUGAUUCAAUGCAAAUGAGUGGCCCAAGACGGCUCGAACCUACUAUUAGAAAGUUUCUUCUAGAUGUAUAUGAAGCUGAGAAGAGGCCUGUAAUGAAACAGGCAAUAUCGAAAAUUCCGCUAUUGAUACCAAAGGUUCCCCAACAGAGAAAUGGUGAAGAUUGUGGUAGGUUUGUUCUUUAUUUCAUAAGUUUGUUUAUGGAAAGUGCUCCUAAAAACUUCAGUACCACUGGUGGAUAUCCUUACUUUAUGAAGGAAGACUGGUUUGCUCCUCAAGACUUUGAUUGCUUUUGCAAGAGAUUUAAACUCUGCAGCUAGUGAAAUGAACUCUUUUUAACUUUGACUUUUACAUAUGGACUAUAUUACUUGGAUUCGGAGUUGACUAUUUUACUUAAAUUAUGAGUGCGAUUGUCAAGUAUAGGUAUAUAAUCGACACGAAUAUGUUCAACUUUUAAUUUUUUAAUGUAUAGCUUGCCUUACA